UUCCGUCCCGCUGCCCUCUUGGUGCGGAAGUGUUGUCCUGAAGAGCAGCAGCAGAAGCACAGCUGCCACUGCUUGGGCAAACACCACGCUACGUCAGUUUCGGGUUUUCUGGCGAGCGCACCUCUCGCGUCGGGACGUGUAAACCCUCACCUUGGCUGUGCAGCAUAGCAUUAUUAUGCAAGUACCGUGCGGAGCGUGGGAACACCGUGUGAACUGAGUUUCAUUGAGUCAUCUAUAUGGGCCAUCUUCUCUCGAAAAAUGGUUACCGCCUGAAGAAGAAAACACACAAAUUAAACCACAGGAAGAAGAAGAAGAGGAAUUGUUUCCUGCACGGGCCUUGCAUGCUGUGCUUCAUCAUCCACAGCAACAGCACCGGUCUUGACGACGACAACAGCCAUUUGGAGGCCAGCGUCAACGGCAGCGUGUACCGUCACAACAGCGCCACAGGAAUCGGUGUCCCUGGUGUCGGCAUCGGAGCAGCAGCUGCCUCGAAGUUUGCCGAACGAUACGCCACACUUGCCUCUCCUGAGGACUGCCCCAAUUUCCUAUUGUCGCCGAGGGAGCUAGCUAUCUGGGAGGGCCAGGGCAGGAGCAUUUUAUCAGCUGUUCCUGCCAAACUGAUUCCACCGCCGGCACUGUUUCGAACCGCUGGGGUGUCUGUGACUGUGCCCAUUCCCGUACCUGUGCCGGGCUGCACCAGUGACUACGCUGAGAUGGUGUGUAAGAGAAAGUGCUCCGAGGUGCAGAGGUGCACCCCCUGUAAGCAGCCACGCUGUGCCUUUGCGGCCCCUGAUGGAGGAGUGGUAGGAGGUGGGGGAGAUGCCGCCUCGAACUCUGAACUUGGCCACUGCCACCUUCCUCUCUGUCCACUUCCUUCCUCCUCCAAUUCUUCCUCCUCCUCCUCCUCCUCUUCCUCCUCCGUACCUGCUGACGGCUGCUGUGGGCUUGGUCUUCAUGUUGAUUUGCCCAACAGCUCAGACUCGUCUACCUGCUGCCUGCAUCAAUAUGAAAGCUGCCAGGCAAAAGGUUCUGAUGCUGCUGAUCAUUUAAGUAUCAACCAUCUGCCUUCUUCCAUCCUUCUCAAGGUGCUCUCACACUUGACAGUGAAGGAGCGCUGUCUGUGUGCCUCUCUGGUUUGUAAGUACUGGAGAGAUCUCUGCUUGGACUUCCAGUUCUGGAAACAAAUAGACCUCAGUGGCCUACAACAAGUGAAUGACGAGCUCUUGGUGAAAAUAGCUUCUAGGAGGCAGAAUGUGACAGAGAUGAACAUCUCCGACUGUAGGGGAGUCCAUGAUCAUGGUGUGUCCUCCCUGGCCUCACACUGUCCAGGACUUCAGAAGUACACAGCAUACCGCUGCAAACAGCUGGGGGAUGCAUCACUGUCAGCACUGGCUACGCACUGCCCUCUGCUGGUCAAGGUGCACGUGGGCAACCAGGACAAACUAACAGAUGAAGCACUAAAAAAGCUGGGAGAGCACUGCAGCGAGCUGAAGGACGUCCACCUGGGUCAGUGCUACAGUAUUACAGACGAAGGCAUGGUGGCCUUGGCCAGAGGAUGCCCUAAACUGCAGAGACUCUACUUACAAGAGAACAAAAUGGUGACCGAUCGAUCCGUGCGAGCUGUUGCGGAGCAUUGUCCCGAGCUGCAGUUCGUCGGCUUCAUGGGCUGCCCCGUGACCUCUCAGGGGGUCAUCCAUCUUACCGCGCUACGCUUCCUGACGGUUCUGGACCUGCGGCACAUCUCGGAGCUUAACAACGAGACGGUGAUGGAAGUGGUGAGGAAAUGUCGCAGCCUCAGCUCCCUCAACCUCUGCCUCAACUGGAGCAUCAACGACAGAUGCGUGGAAAUCAUCGCCAAGGAGGGAAGGAGUCUGAAGGAGCUCUAUCUGGUGUCUUGUAAAAUCACCGACCACGGGACCAUGUUGGCGGCUCCCAGGGGCCCACAGACUGUUGUGAGUGCCUCCUCACUCCUUAUGACUGCGCUGGGCCGCAGGUGCUCCUCAAAGUGCCCCCGCUGGAAUGCAGCGAACGGGCCUCCGUCGCUGCAUGAGACGCCAUUCACCGAUACCUGUUUCUCUGCACUCAUGAGGACACUCAGACGUCCUCAUGGCCGAUGCAACUACACACACACACACACACACAUACGCAAACAAGGUACACACAAGUCUUUUCCUUGGUGCCCUUAAGUGUACUAGGCGUCAUAUGUUGGAACUGAGCAACGCCCGCUAUAUUACAAUUAUAGAGAAUACAUUAAAAGUUGGCUGCUUUUUGCGUCUAUAUUGUUAAUUCAUAAAAGUUGUAAUGGUGUUUUUACUCUGUGAUUCAGUCAAUUACUAAGUGGGCCUAUGUAGACAAGACGCAUUAAUAUCAGUUUUGGCUGUUUCCAGACAGUGUAUUUCUAAUAUAUGCAUCAAUAAAGAACAAUUGGGGGGAAAUAGGGAUAGAAAUAUGAAAGGCUGAAUGGAAUGUGGCAUUUGCAUUGACAGUCAGACCAUGAAAUACAUCUGUUUCUCACCCUGGGUCCUAAAGAUUCCCCCGACCCUUUGUCAUCCCACCCUCUGUCGCCGUUUUUCCCUCCUUCCUCCCACUUAUUAUUCACAGAACACAGCCCACUGCUAAGUGCAGGUGAAAAACGCCAUUAAGUCAGUGGCUGAGAGGCUCGUGCGUGCGUGCGCGAGGGAGAGAGUGACAGGAAGACGGAUUGCUGCCCAUUUUGAAACAUGACAUCUAAUCGGUGCACGUGUUAAUUAAGAGACUUCACUGAAAUGUUUUUUUGUGGCUGGAGAAAUUGGAGGCUUAAUGAAUGGAAUGCUCGCGUUAAGCACGCGUGUGUGUCGUGAGCGUGUGCAGCGACUAGUAAUAAGGCGGAACCCUUAAAAGGCUCUACGUGGCUUUUGUUUUGUGCUCAUAUCAAAAUUGCCUUUAUUUCUGCAGACUUGGCUCGAGCGGCGGGGGUUGAAGACGCCUUAGCCUCCGAGCUCACUCUGGGUUUAGUUUCAUUUGGCUCACUCUGCGUUUCUUUCUUCCCCAAAUCCCAGUGGAGAUUUGGUGGUGACACUUGUGAACAGGCUUCACUGACAUUUGGAAAAUAUAUUAAAUAUCAACCAUAUGCUGUGCAGCGAGGCAGCCUGGCAGGUUGUGUGUGUGUGCGUGUCUGUGUCCUGUGUACUGUGCACAUGUGCUGCUGGAUAAAAGCACAAACACGGAAAUGAUUCAGCUGAUUUAGUACUGGAAGUAGCAUUUUAAUGAACACAGCCCUUAAACAGCCCUUUCUGUCCUCGGCUUCAUAAAACUACUGUUUAUGUUCAUGAAGUGAUUGACACUCUCAUUUGGCAUGAACUUUAAGAGCACUGCUUAAGAUUUAAGGCACUUAAAGCAGAUACUGUACAGCUGUGUAUGUGUUUGGGAUUAAGUGACAUCCUCUGCGCUGCAUAAUUAAAAGUAUGCAUUAAAUUUAAACCAAGAGAUCCAGAUGCUAAUUGAUUAAUUGAUGACGUCAGUGUAUCUGAGCUGCCGCACACGUGUAUUUACAGUAAAUGUUUUUAUACCUUGGGCUUAUUUAGAAGGCUUCUCACCAGCCUUUUUCUCCCUGUCCAUGUGUUGUGGAGCUGACAGAGGUGCAGACAGACUUACCUUUUUGCAAAUCUUCACAAUACUUUGUAAUAAUAUUUAGUUUGUGCUGGUUUCACUUUCAGUUUGAUUCUGAGCGGAUCGGAUUUAAAAUCCCUCCAUGUAAUGAUGUUUUUCAUCCAGCUGCCGUAUUGAGCGUUUGCAACCUUUGUCGUGCACUCUUAUUCUCAGUAUUUGGAGGUAUAGUUUAAGUACAUUGUAAAUUUACCAUUAAUAUUUCAAAAUAGCAUCUUUCUUUCUUCUCUGCCCAAGUUGUGAAUUUUGGUUUGGGUUCCACACUGAUCGUAUUCUAGCACGCACUUCGCUGUGUUCCCUUAGCUCAGUGUGACUCAGGCAGAGCUGGGCUAUUACUGUCACCGCUGCGGUGCCUUACCCGGGGCAGCUCCUCCAGGCUUGUGCCUUAAGAGGGACUGGCAGGUUCACCAAUUGGUUUCAUCGGAUGUGUGCUCCCUUUUGUGCGGCUUCUGUUAGGAGACGUCUGUCACAUUCUACUAUCAAUCGCCACAGGCCAGAAAUCAGUUUUAAUGUGUACUCCUGGCCGAGAUUGCUUUUCCACCACCGCGUGUUGAAACAUUUUCUACAGGGAGUGAGGUGCCAGCAUCCAGUGAUAAGUGAAGUUGCUGGUGGUUCUUGACACAAUUUCAGACGAGCUGUUAAAGCUGUUGGCCAGUGUCUUUUUCAAGCCUUCAUCGGCUCUUUCAAACUGCUCACGAGCCACCUCCAGACGCUGCGGAGCACUGCGACUUCUCUUAAGAGCCUCCUGUCUUUUCUGUGCAACCACCUCGUGAAACUUCUCCUUAAAAUCAACCGUACAGACAAGCACUGCACUCGUCCACUUUCGCGACUGGCACAAUUGCAGUGCUUUGCUCCAGCAAGUCUUUAUAUAUAUAUAUUUGAGACUUGAUGUACAGAGAGGGUUUCAGAGGUUGGUGCAUUUUUCUUUAGGUGCUCAAUAUGACUGAUUAAUAGUUUGCUAAUUUAAUUGCUAUAUUUGAUAAUGGAUAAACAUUUGACAUAAAUUUAGCUGGCUGCACUAAAGAGCACAUAAAGUAUUUCUACUGCUGCUCUCACAAAAUACACACGCCCUAAAGCCCCUAAUGUGGGAAGUGGCCUGCGAGGGAGUAUCCUCGUCAUUUUCUUGACCAAAUUCCGCAGCUCUGACAGAGGCCCGAUUUAAAAGCUGAAAGGGUUGAUUUCAUUAAACCUCUUAAGGCCUGUCUCCUUUAACAAACGACGGAGCUAAUGGAUGUAGCAAUUAGCCGCGUCCUAAUCGAACACAUUCUGACGUUUGGUUGUUCCAAGGACUCCGUCACGGACGGCUCAUGGACGGGCAGGUUAUAUGGCUGCGGCAGAUGGAGGACGUGGUGACUGACAGACCAGGGACGGGGUAACAAACAAGCUCCAUCAUCGGCACAGGCUAUUGAUUCCGGCUCAAAGGUCUCGGCCCGACAUGGCGGCGGUCAGGGUCAUCCAGCCGCCGAAGCCCGAGCCACCGAGCUGUCAGCCCGGAAAGGGAAAUGUGGGAGAGGACAAUAUUAUUGUCAUGGCCAGUCGCAAUCAGGAGCGACACGCGCUCGGCAGGUUUAUGAUGUAGUGUCGCAGGAGGUGGAGAGGAGCUGCACUGCGACGUACGCGAAACCUUGCUCACUGCCGUUUUGUGUCAUCGGGCACCUCUCUGUGAUUAUUAAAUGUCUCAGAGCCUUUUUAAGUACAGACAAAAAUGUGCUGUGUUGAAGUCAUUUCAUUAUAACCUCACAUGGCGUCAUAAAGAGCCAUCGUACUGUACCAUAGUCUUCCCAUCGUCCUUUUUUGUAUUUUUAUUCUAGUCUUCAUGGAAAGUUUGAGCUGAGUGUGAAGAAUUAAUGGCUUCCUAUAUUACGAGGCCUCUCUCUCUGUUCCUGGCAAACCAGGUACUUUAUUUGGCUUCCACUUACUGCCAUAGCAUGGUAAAAAUCCUGGCCUCAGCCGGCCCCAGCAUCACGCUGUGGUAUGUUUAAUCUAAACUUGUGGCUCAUGCAGAUGUUAUUGGUAAUUUAUACCUCAUAGCAAAACCUUACAUGUCAAACACAGAGGCUUUAUGUUGUGUUUUUACUCCUGUCGGGAGUGACGUUUCUAUCAACAAAUUAAAAUAGAAAUGUAUUUCAAAGAUGUAUAUGUGCUGUUGGCUUGGGUCCAUGGCGAUGCUGUCCCGCUUGGUUUGGUUCUUCCUCGCACCCCCGGUGAUUAAUGGUGAGCGGGUUCCAACAUAAACACGCAGAGACCAUGUGCAGACGCUCCGUUCUGGCCUGUUAUGUCUAUUAGCCUGGGGUCUGCGGCCGCCUCAGUCGUUGCACCGUAGCCGUGCUCAGUCUAUGGAGAAUGGGAUCAGGAGGCUUCCGUCCUCUACCUGUUCAGCAUGGAGCCCAGUUGUGCCCUUGGCAUUUUCACGUAUUUUGUCCAACUCAUUCCGGUGGUUCGUUUAACAUGCAGCCCCUCUCAUCACCCCCCACUUGGCCGCCGUCGCUUUGAUCUGGGACAAUGUACAGCAAGAGCUUCACUUUCAAACAGACGCAUUAGAGCUGUAGUGAUGAUGAUGGUGCAUAUGCUCGAACUAUCAGCACUGUGCGUCUGAUGCCGCUGAAGAAGCCUUGAAGGUUUAUAUAAGAGUCCAGUGGGCUGAUGAGAUGCAAUUGGAUUGCAUAUCUGAAACACUGAUGGAAGCAUUAUUUGAUGGAAGCGAGUUUACUGUUUCCUGGAGCGUUGCCACGUUGGUGUCAUAUCGAAGCAAGUUACGGUCCUCUGGACUCCCGUUAUAUGUCCUUGUUCAAAGGAGUAGGAGAGGUCAGGAUCUUUAUAUGCUUUAAUGAUGAACGGAUGAAAAGAAAGUGAAAUAAAGUUAAUUCCUCCUUUGAUGUGUGUGUGUGUGUGUGUGUGUGUGUGCAGUUGUUUGUGAUGCACAACUUCCAAUUUAAUCAAUUGGUUGUAUUUUACAUUAAAAGCUGACAUGGAGCGGCCGGUUUUUAAGCAAAUUGGAUACCAGACCCAUCUGAAAUGCGCUGUAGCUGCUACAACAUCUACUGUAUAAAUUAAUGGUCCUUGAACGUUUCCGUUGCAAGUAAAUGAAUUAUCUCUGGGCGCAACUUUGUCGUACGAGACACUGGCACUCGGGAGGAAAAAGCCUUCAGAGUUUGGGAGGAAGUGUCAGAGGAUGGAGUGGCUUCAUCACCGUGUGUGUGUGUGUGUGUCUGUUGCUGUGCUGUUGAAGGGGCCGAACAGAAAGGAAGUGUGAUCGUCGGGCUGGGAGGCCGUUCGUAUGACGAGUUACAGGAGGGCGUCGAGUUUCUACGGUGGAGUCACAGGUUUCAAUGAAACAGUCCAUUUUUCACAGCAACGAGCAGCUGCUGACAGUCCGGCGGCUGAGCCAACAUUUCACAACAGUGUUCAAUGUCUGGUCAAACGAGGUCCGGCCUUCGGAGAAGCUGGGACCCGUUCGUCUAAAGGCGGGACCCCCUGCUGCCUCCUGUGACGACGGCCUCCGUCUCACUCGCUGCUGUGAGGUUCACUCUGACCGUGUGCAUCCCCUUUGUUUUCUGUGGGCAAACGGCGAAUCUAUCUCCAUCUGGUCGUUUGUUUAUCCUCCCGUCACGUUCACAGUCUCGCGCGCUACUCGCUGGCUUCUGAUUAACGCGCGGCUCCCCUCCUGUGCGGCGCCACUGCCGGCGCAUUGGUCCGGUGGCGGCGUCGCGGGCGCCCUCGCCGCUGUUUUGAACCCAGGGUCAUUAGCAGCGCGUUGGAAGCUCGUUCAGCUCGGUCACAUUUGGGGAAACUUUUGCUUCUUACAGUAACAUAUUCUAAUUAGCAUGUGAUUGAAAAGCCUUGGGCGAAAAGGGAAGGAGAAGACGGAGCUAAUCAGUGAAGGACAUUUCAUAAUUUAUAAUAGCUUUAUUGCAUUUUACGGGUCUUCCUGGCCAAGGCUACGCUAGCAUACUUCACAUCAUCCCACCAUAAAUUAUGUUCGUCAGCCUGGUCGGACCGUAGCCUGGCUGCACGUGUGCGCUCAUGUGCUGGACUGUAAAUGCACCUCUGAUGUGUUCAAGCUCUGCCUUCGUGGUGAAUUAUGCAUAACCUUCAGGAGACUAACGGCAAUGAUUUGUGGAAUUUGUAGCCACAAUUCCAAGAAUAAAAGACAUUUCAUUAUAUUGCCAGAAAUACCAUGUGCAGAAAGUCACUGUAACGAACCAAGUCAUUACAGACACAGUAGGAUUUUAGACUGGACAGAAAAACAGGACUAAAAGCGUCUGAUCCAGGCUUGUGUACUUGGCUGAUAAAAAGAAGAAAUACAGGAAAAGUCAGCACCGUACGAGUUUUAAGGUGCAGAGUGUAUUUGUAUCAUGACGUGUAGUUUCCCUGUGAGCAAUUAUCUACUGACCUGUAGUGAAAGGAAAGCAACAAAUCUGGGUUUAAAAGGCUCCAUGUGUCAAAGAUCCAGUUAAUGUGUCUCAAUUGGACGUUUGCAGCCUUUUAUUGUCCACAGACAAACAACAGCUUGUCCCACCUAGAACAUUUUAAAACGGGUUUGUCCCAUUUAAAGGCCCGUGUGACCAUAAUGCUUGAUUUCAGGAGGAAGAAGAGAAGCAGACUGCCCUCCCGUGAGCUGCAGGUCCGUUUUGUGCCGGUGAGUCACCAGAACCACUGGUUGGAACCUCUUAUAGCUGACGCCUUGUGGUCGUGAGUCAGGUGAAAUAGGUGGUUUAAUAUGAGAAAGUCGGAGGCUGAGCAGAACCAGAGUGAGAUGCUUCCCAAAGGAAAGGCCAGCGACUCAUAUCUGCACCAACUAGAGGAGACACUUUGGACAAGUUAAACAGUGAUAAAUCUGCACGUCAGUAUGAUUUAAACGGCGGCGGCUCCUUCCUGUCCGCGUCGUGUCAUAUCGCCGUCUCCGUAGGCCCCGUCUCGUUCGGCGCGUGGCUCCUUAAGAAGCCGCGGAUGAUGAAAGAGUGAGCGCUGCGUGUGACAGACCUGACUCGAGGACGAACAAGAGCAGGGUUUGAUUAAUUGCCGCGGAGGUGUUUGCGAAGGGGAGGCGCUGGCGUGGUUCGGCUCGGCUUCACACGCGAGCAGGUACCGGUGUGCGAGCAGAAACAGCGCGUGGGCGGUGACAGCAACGAGAGCAUUAAACUAUUAUUCACAUUAUUAUUUGCUGCUGCAUUUUUUUUUAGAAGUUGGGACUGAAAAGAUCAAUUUGGUAGUUUUUUUUUUUUUCAAAA